CCAGCACGGCCAGCCAGGCCCCAGCCCGCCCGCCACCCCUCAGUGCCACGUCUGCCGCUGCCAUGGCCAGCCCCGAGUUUUCCUCGCUAGAGCGGAGCCUGGAGGAGAACCUGCCCCCGGGCGACCUCAGCAACGUCCGGAGAAUCCUGUUUGGGAACGAGACCAGGAAGCUCAGCCUGCCCCCUGGUGCCCUGGCCGCGGCCUCCCAGAAGGACUUUGAGCUUUUGGCCUUUGCCUUCGAGGCCUCGGAAGAGCAGCUGAGGCCCCCGAGGCUGGUCCGCGUGGGGCUCGUGCAGAAUCAGAUCCCUCUUCCUCCCGAUGCCCCCGUGGCCGAGCAGGUGGGUGCCCUGCACAGACGCAUCGAGGAGAUCCUGGAGGUGGCCGCCCAGUGCGGGGUGAACAUAAUCUGCUUCCAGGAAGCAUGGACCAUGCCCUUUGCUUUCUGCACGAGAGAGAAGCUUCCCUGGACGGAGUUUGCCGAGCCCGUGCCGGGCGGUCCCACCACCAGGCUCUGCCAGAAGCUGGCCAAGGCUCACAACAUGGUGGUGGUGUCCCCCAUCCUGGAGCGCGACGAGGCCCACGGGGACGUGCUGUGGAACACCGCGGUGGUCAUUUCCAACUCCGGGGCCGUGUUGGGCAAGACCCGGAAGAAUCACAUCCCCCGGGUGGGAGACUUCAACGAGGCCACGUACUACAUGGAAGGCACCUUGGGGCACCCCGUGUUCCAGACCCCCUUUGGGCGGAUUGCUGUGAACAUCUGCUAUGGCCGCCACCACCCUCUCAACUGGCUCAUGUACAGUCUGAACGGGGCCGAAAUCAUCUUUAACCCUUCGGCCACCAUCGGGAAACUCAGCGAGUCCCUGUGGCCCAUCGAGGCGAGGAACGCCGCCAUCGCCAACCACUGCUUCACCUGCGCCAUCAAUCGAGUGGGCGUGGAGCACUUUCCGCGAGAGUUCACGUCUGGGGAUGGAAAACCAGCGCACCGUGACUUUGGCUACUUCUAUGGCUCGAGCUACGUGAGCGCCCCAGACGGCAGCAGGAGCCCGGGCCUGUCCCGCACCAGAGACGGCCUCCUGGUGGCCCAGCUGGACCUCAACCUCUGCCGGCAGAUGAGUGACAUCUGGAACUUUAAGAUGACCGGGCGCUACGGGAUGUACGCAGAGGAGCUGGCCAGGGCGUCCCAGCCGGACUACGAGCCCCACAUCAUCAAGGAGUAGAAGGCCGGGCCGGGCAGGGCCCAGAAGAGUCAGUCCCUGUCUGCUGGCACCUGUGCCUUCCCACAGAGCUCUUCCUGGGAGCACUUCCCACGUGGCCCUUCCCUCAGAGCACUUCCCGCGUGACCCUUCCCUCGGAGCACUUCCCACGUGGCCCUUCCCUCAGAGCACUUCCCGCGUGACCCUUCCCUCGGGGCACUUCCCGCGUGGCCCUUCCCUCGGAGCACUUCCCGCGUGGCCCUUCCCUCGGAGCACUUCCCGCGUGGCCCUUCCCUCGGAGCACUUCCCGCGUGGCCCUUCCCUCGGAGCACUUCCCGCGUGGCCCUUCCCUCGGAGCACUUCCCGCGUGGCCCUUCCCUCGGAGCACUUCCCGCAUGACCCUUCCCUCGGAGCACUUCCCGCGUGGCCCUUCCCUCAGAGCACUUCCCGCGUGGCCCUUCCCUCAGAGCAUUUCCCGCGUGACCCUUCCCUCGGAGCACUUCCCGCAUGACCCUUCCCUCAGAGCAUUUCCCACAUGGCCCUUCCCUCAGAGCACUUCCCACGUGACCCUUCCCUCGGGGAGCACUUCCCACAUGGCCCUUCCCUCAGAGCACUUCCCGCGUGACCCUUCCCUCGGGGCACUUCCCGCGUGACCCUUCCCUCAGAGCAUUUCCCGCGUGACCCUUCCCUCAGAGCACUUCCCGCGUGGCCCUUCCCUCAGAGCACUUCCCGCGUGGCCCUUCCCUCAGAGCAUUUCCCGCGUGACCCUUCCCUCGGAGCACUUCCCACGUGGCCCUUCCCUCGGGGAGCACUUCCCAUGUGGCCCUUCCCUGGGAGCACUUCCCUGCAUAGCCGGGCUCAGACUGGCCGCCACAACAGGAUCCCCUUCAGGCUGCCUGAAGCCCUGGGGGCCUGAUCCUUCUUGCUGGGGGCCCCAAAGCAGCCCAGUGUCCCCUGACCCCACCCCGCCCUAUCCUACACCCUGGUCUCAUGUAUGCAGAAGGUGCUUAAUAAACAUCUGAAGGAACAAA